AAGUCUUGCUUGUGUGUGUUUUCCUUUCACUUUUGACUUUUCCCAGCCAUUCUUGGGUGUUAAUUUUCAAAGAUUUGGUGUGUUAUGGAUUUGUGGUGAGCCAGGGCACGGUUGUGUUUGUGAACCGCCCCGUCGGGAUGGACGGAGGGACGAUAGGAACGCCCCACUUUCACAGCUGCUUCUUUUGCAGCUAAACUUGCCGUCAUGGAGGACUGCUGUGUACAGGAUCACAUGUAAAUACCUCUACAAACACGAAUGGCUGCCUUAGAAAAAGGAUAACAACAUAAAGACGAAUGGGUGGCUCAUUUUUUGUUUCUGGUGUUGGUUUGGUUUGGUUUGGUGACGACUCAUGGAUGUCGAAAGGCUGCUGCAUUCACGUCCGGUGAACCUGGUGGAGCCAAUGAGUGUAGUGAUGGAUGAUGAUUUACCUGCUAAGAGGGUGUCCACCAAGAGCAAAGCCCCGUCCCCACCAGCACUCAACACUUUGGAUUCCUCCCAUUUCUCCCACUGGUAUCCAGGAAGCGCUCCUUUCACGAUGGACCACAAGGACAAUCUCACCAAUAAAGACCUCUCUCUGGUUGUGGUUUUGCCGGACGGUGUGGAAAAGAUGACCACGGUUCACGGCAGCAAACCUCUCAUGGAUCUGCUGGUGACGCUCUGCGCCAGGUAUCACCUCAACCCGUCGAGUCACACGCUAGAACUGAUGACGGCCGGCCGGCACAACAUCAAGCUCAAGCCCAGCGCUCUCAUCGGAACCCUGGAUGCAGAGAAGAUCUUACUCAGACCCAAAGGGGAUGAUAAGAACAAGAAGAGCGGUCCUCACGUGCCAGAGGCCACAGUCCGGAUGGUGAUAAACUACAAGAAGACCCAGAAAACUAUUCUAAGGGUGAAUCCCCAAGUUCCCCUGACUGAGCUCCUCGCAGCAAUCUGUGAGAAAUGUGAAUUUGCAGAGGAGACCACCGUUCUACUGAGAGACGUGCACUCACUGACCCCUUUGGACUUGUCCUGUUCCCUCAAUGAUUAUGCAAUCAGGGAGCUUUAUGCAAGAGACACCAGAGGCGCUGCUUCUCCCACAUGCCCAUCCUCCCCCACCCAUGCAGCAGCAGUUCCACCUGGGAAAGAUAAGCAUCAGAAAGAAAAAGAAAACAAAGGCCUCUUCAGCAAGUUUAGAAAAAGCAAGAAAACCUCUGAGCAGGCCACGACGGCUAGCGCCCCCGCUUCCCCAGUGCUGGUGAGCAAGCCUCGACCGCUCAGCAUGGCCUUGCCCAGCUCCACCUCUCCUCCGCUCGGGUCCCCGACGUCACCCGUCAGCGACGCGCCCAAGAAGAGACGAGCACCUCAGCCGCCCAUCCGCGUGUCUCAGAGCUGCCGCGCCGACCCACGCACCCGCCAGAGACUCUACUCAGAACCAAACCCCCCACUGGACUCUGAUCAGGUGUCGGGUUUAAGCCGCGGCUCCUCAGCAGAGUCGUCUCUGAAGAGAACCAAACGCAAAGCUCCUCCGCCUCCGACACCACAAACUCUUCCUCCUCAAGGAAACACUCAAGACGUUGAGGAGGUUCAAACGCUGCAGGAGAUCAUGGAGGAAACGUCAGCCGCUGGCGUCCAGAGAGAGGAGCCAAGUGUCAGCUCCGUGUCGGCCAAAGACCUUGGGGAAGAUCAGCCUCAUGAUCUGUCCUCAGAUGGCAAGCAACCGCAGGACAGCGUUCACGCUCUGCCACUUCACACGCGUGUCGCAACACCAGAUGGCACACAGUCAGCUCACCUGGCAGAGAGUGUCGUGUGUCAGGUUGGAGACGAACAUCAUCAUCACGAGUCCACAUCUGACGAUCCUGUGAGUGUCAAAGAGGAGCGCGGUGAUGCAACAAGUCACCUCCAGGAGUCACCGCAGGAUGCAGGAACAUCCGUUGAGGAAAAGACUGCCAAGUCCAGGCAGGAGAUGGAGAUCAUCAGCACGUCACGCCCUGCUGGUGAGGACGUGGAAGUUCAAACGGAACUCACAGAGCAAGCUCUGCCUUCUGUGGAGGAGAUGCGACCCACAGAGCUGGAAUGGAAGCAAGCCUCAGAGGUUUCCUCGUGCCGUCUUGCAUCUCCAAAAGCCGGCGUGAAGGUGGAGCCAAAGCCCAAAGCGUCCAAUGAGCUGACGAGGGACUACCUUCCCAAGGUGGGGAUGACCACCUACACCGUGGUGCCUCCCAAACCCAACGAGAAGCUGAGAUACUUUGAAGUUGCACUGACACUGGAGUCGCCGCCCCCCCUCGCAGCACAAGAAGGGGAGGGGCCGCACCCCCACAUACCCAGGGACCAAUCACUGAGCGGCACCGCCGCCACCCAAGACACUGUCCAUGGACGUCUGCAUGAAGCCUGCAGCUCACCUCCAGCAGGUUCAUCAGGGGAGCCAAAGGCCACCAGAACCCCGCCCGCAACCAAACCCAAGCCCGGUUCUUUCCGCAUGUCCAAACACAAAAAGACACCUGGAUAUUACGUAACCUCGGCCGCAGAGAAGAGCCCGGGUGUCUGUCCUGCUUCUCAAGUAGAUAACCCAACGUUACCUCCUGCACUUCCCGCUCAGCCACUAGAGGGCGCCGACGAGCAGGCGAGCCCUAAAAGGGACGUGGGGGUGACGAGGCGGAGCGAUCCGCCAUCCAAAGAGUCCAGCUUUGGGUUAAGCUUGGAAAAGCUGCGGAGCUUUGCCGCGCCGAGGCCUUAUUCUCCCAAAACGCCGUCCCGCUUCGCCCAGGCUGUGUCCUCGGCUGUGAAACGCAGCCACUCUUUGUCCCGCGGCCCCAAAUCACCCACUCACUCACCCCUCAAACCCUGCCCCCCUCCCAGUCCUGAACAUCUCUAUUCACUCAUUCACAAAGAUGCACUCUUCCAUGUCAAGGGCGAUGAGAGCGGCGAGGCGGGGGGGGUGCCAGGAGGGGUGGAAGGUGCAGCGUUAAGCGCGCUGGCGGAGAUGGCGGUGGAGAGUUACCCGUAGCGGAGCCUCAUGACGACGUGUCUUCAUCUACUGAGAACAUCCUGUCUGGAUGUUUGGAUGCCAAGACCCCCCAGCACGCUGGAGUUUUACCUCCUUUGCCUUCAUUCCUGAUUCAGAAGUCAUUUCAUUAAGUAACAGCCUGCCUUGAAUUGCAUAAUUUAAUUAUUUUUGUGUGAUGCUCUAACUUCCUGUGUUCAGUAGCAAAUAAGAAGAAUUCCAUAAAUGACCAAGAUGAUUUUCAGACUUGUGUUCAUCAAUAUUGGCUCUAUUUUUGAAAAGUAUGAAAGUCCAGGUCAGGCUUACGGUACUAAUAUCAUUUCUAUUUAAAUGUAUGACUUGUAUGCAAAUAAUAAAGGGGAAGUAGAACGCAGUGGACACUUCUCAUGCUGUAGCGAAGCCUCUGAGGGAGAAGUGAAGGGAACACAGCUUCAAGAGGAAGGAGGUAAGUAAGCUUACCAUACAGACUAAAAAGAUCUAUUUUUAUACAUUACUCAGAACAUAUCAGGAUGAAGUUCAAAUGUGGCGCAGCGGUCCCUCAUAACAUGACUGUUUUUCACAAAUUCAUGAAUAAAUUAUGCUGUUUUGUG